GAACCAGGCGCAUCAGCUUCGGAGGCAGCAGCUGGAGGAGCAUGGCCUCCCGCUGGGCCAAGCUGGCGCGCAGCCUGCACGGACUGCACGUCCUGCGCAGUGCGCACUUCCUCAGCCUGCUGGCCGAGGCCGUGGGCGUCUCCUGGUGCGACACGACGGGCCUGUUCGACUCGCUGCUCGAGUCGCUGCAGCGCCAGGACGCGCCAGCGAGCGGCGCCGCCGCCACCGGUGACGUUCGCGUCGGCAUGCUGCUCAUGGACUACCGGGCGCAGGCCGCCGCCACACGGACUCUGGUCGCCGACGUGUUCCUCAACCUGUCCAAGGCUGUCGCGGCGGUGGGGCUCGAGGCGGCGACGCUGGUGUCGUCGCUUCAGCCGCAGUCCGCGAGCCCGCAGUCAGAACUGUACAACCUGUUCGUGAACGGCGCCACGGCGUCGCUGUGCGGCUGCCUCAAGCUGUGCCAGCGUCACGCCGCCUUCCUGGAGCUCACCGAGCAGGCAGCGCAUCCCAGCGCCCUCGACGCGCACAGGCGGGCGUCGCUGCGAUGGCGGUCGCAGUGCGAGCGCCUCUUCGACCUCGCCGUCAACUUGCUCGCCGACUUUGAGCAGCGAGUCCACGAGCAGCUCUUCGUCGAGUAAGCGCGGCGACUCCCUCAACAACUAUCACGUCGUCGUCACUGUCCGCUGCUGGGAGGUGCCGAGCGUCCCUCGGAGCGCGUGAACAGCAUUGUAGAAUCGACACUGCCUGAAGUCUACCGCCGGUGAAACGGGCAGUAGAAGGUUCAGUAGGGUGUUACGUCGACCGUCGAACCACGGCGACAUCGUCGUCCAAGUCUAUUUUUAUCGCACAGGCCUUUGCGAAAGAUACGAGAAGAUAAUCUUGCAGAGCGCACUGCGUAAUCGCAGGCAACGUCGACCGUGGGCAGUCUGUGACUGGAUGUUUUCCACAAGGCGGACAUCAUUCUCGGUAACUUCAGCGCAACCAGUCUGCCGUCACGACCCGAAGCCUGAGACCGUACAUUCGUGCAAUUUUUGGGGCGAUUUUUGAUCCUCUACAAACUAGUUGCCUACCCAGUUAUUGAGGUCUGUGGAAGGGAGUCCCAUUCCGCAUUGACGUCACAUUCACGCAUUUCUGAGAAAACUAUCUGCCCGGUUGACCGCAGCCUGGAACAUUACCCAGCGCACAAGAACUACCCAGUUCUACGUGCGCAAGACAUUGUCGUCUCUCUUUUCACUCACCAGGACGUGGUCAAACAAUGAAUGUAUCGAUUUCAGCAGAGUGCUUCUCGACAGCUUUUAAGGCGAGCAGGAGUGCAGUAUACUCACAUUUUCGGAAAGUGCUUGCAAAUGGCAUGCCUCUGAAUUUUGAUGAGAACGGUUAUGUUGACACGUACCCUCUUAUGGCCACUCAUCGGGAGCCACUUGUUCGUUGCAGUGUGGACAGCCUACAGUCGUGCGACAGCAGGGGUUUUCCACAGGUUGCUGUGCAACACAAGAGGCAAGGCUUGCAAGCAACGGCGAAGAAGCAGACGAAGACAUGUGUAGUUCAUGCCGCAUAGGGUCGACGAUUGUUAAUGCACUUUCGGCCAGUUCGACGUCAUUUUUCUUCUUGGUCAGUGAAAACGUGUUUCGCCAGUGGUAUAAUGAGUUGACAAGUGAUCUUGCUAACUAAGGUGCUACUCAUUAGGCGUUGCAUGCAAGAACACAUGAAUGGCAAACCGGACCCGCGGGAAUAAUGCUAGCACAUGCUUUACACCCUUUCGGCGCUAGUCCAACUCAUUUUUUCUUUCGGCUGUCUUAUGGAGCAUGCAAACAAAGCAACCCAGGAGCUGUGCCCUACUCGAUAGGUCACCCGUAACGAUGUAGCAAUGCAUGUUAGUGCACUACGUAUAGAUUGCCGCUGGCUUAGAUGCAGAUGCGAGCCUGAGUUUGUGACCAUUGCAUUUACCUGAAGAGGUGGUUGUGACCGAACAUUUGAGCGGGAUGCCUUCGGCGUGAACCAGAUUGUGAUGCCCUGUGUUAUGUGCACUAAAUUCAAAUUCAAAUUUGAGCACAAAUCGAGCACUCGAGUACAUUUCUGUAAAAACCUCGUUUAG